GCCGGUCUUUUCCUCGCCUUGCUACUGCAAAACAUAGCCUCGACGCUCCAAUUGUCGGCCCACGACCUUUCCGGGGAUCAAGCUUCCACGGCUCCUCCACUCCACCUAACCGAAUCGAUGGCGCAAUUGCUGAGCAAUACCUUACGUGCUGCUAGGCACCGCGCCUGGGCCGGUGCGGGAUACAAGAGCGUGACCUCCCUGCGUCUGGCACAACCUUCAGUACCCUCUUCUUCUUCCUCUUCAAGCAUACUUGCAUCCUCUUCCGCCACCUUUUCAACAUCACCGCCCAUCAUGUCUGCCCAAAAGCCCUUCCUCGACGCCGUCAAGGACCGUCGCACCAUCUACCAGCUCAACAAGCAGGCCCCCAUCUCAGACAAGCAGAUUACCGACCUUGCUGAGAAGGCUCUCCUCCACGUCCCCUCGUCCUUCAACUCUCAGAGCACUCGUCUCGUUGUUCUCCUCAACGCAGACCACGACCAAUUCUGGGACUAUGUCCUCGAGGUCCUGAAGCCCAUUGUCCCCGCGGACCAAUUCGCCCAGUCAGAGACCAGGGUCAAUAGCUUCAAGGCUGCCUAUGGAACUAUUCUCUUCUACGAAGACCCGGAGCCUGUUGAGAACCUGCGCAAAGCUUUCCCCAUCUACGCACACCACUUUGGCGAUUGGUCCGACCAGACAAACGCAAUGCACCAGUAUGCGCUGUGGGUCGCUCUCGAGGCCGAGGGCUUUGGCGCAAACCUGCAGCACUACAACCCUCUCGUCGACCCCAAGGCCGCUGAGCGCUGGAACAUUCCCGUCGCCUGGAAGCUCAGGGCCCAACUGGUCUUUGGCGGCCGCGCCGGCGAGCCCGGCGAGAAGAAGCACGAGGAAACACACGGCAAGAGGCUGUUUGUGCACGGAGCCAAGAUUUAGAAACAAAAAUAAAUAAAAAAAGGUAGUUAGUACACACCCAAGUAUACAUCAAGAAAUAAAGGAAAUAUUAUACCCG